GCACCUGCCACUUGCCCGGGGCAUCGCCCUGGCUCUACCCUGCCAGUGUGCGAGGAGCGUGAAGCUGGGGCCUGUUCCCUGGAAUUUGAGGAAUGCAUCAGGGACCUCUCAAUACUUAUGCUGCUGGUCCCCCAGAACCCAGAGCAUGGCAGAUGGGGUGCAGGCCAGCCCCGGAGGGUUCAGGAAGAAGAUGCUGGUUAGAUGCUGCUCUGUGUGGAGGGGUCCAAGCUGCAAGGCCUCUGCCCCUUCCAGAACCUUCAGGUCCAGCCUGGGCGUGAAGCUCCUCGUCAUCGCCGUCCUGGCCGGUGGUGUUCUGUCCAUAGCCCAGGGCAGCCUGCUCAACCUGAAGUCCAUGGUGGAGACCGCCACAGGCAGAAGCGCGAUCCUGUCCUUCGUGGGUUACGGCUGCUACUGCGGGCUGGGGGGGCGUGGCCUGCCCAUGGACGAGGUAGACUGGUGCUGCCAUGCUCAUGACUGCUGCUACCAGAAACUCUUUGACCAGGGCUGCCGCCCCUACGUGGACCACUAUGACUUCACCAUGGAGAACGACACCGUGAUUGUGUGCAGCGAGCUCAACAAGACAGACUGUGACAAGCAGACGUGCGAAUGUGACAAGAGCGUGGCGCAGUGUCUCAGGAACCAGACGUACCGGGAACAGUACCGCAGCUACCUCAACAUUUACUGCCAGGGCCCCACGCCCAACUGCAGCAUCUAUGACCCGCCCCCAGAGUUCAUCUGUGGACACCACUUCCCAGUGACCCCUGCCCCUCCCUAGCACUCCUGAGGUCUGAGCGAAGUGGGUAGAGGCUCUGUCUUGGGGACCAGACAGAUGGAGCAGACAGGGGUGGGACCAGGGCAGGAGCCCAGGGGCCCUGCAGCAAGUCCGGCCUCAGAGGACCGGGAGACGGGGCCCUGCCUGUGGCCACCUGCUCUUCCAGACCAGCUCUGGACAUGACUUUGUCCUGGUGCUGGUUCUGGACUUGGUGGGAAGCGUGUGGCUUGUUGGGGUCUCUCCUGAGUGUGGAAGGCAAGAGCUGGGAGGUGAGAGUGAGUCCUCUCUGUCAGCCCAGCUUGAUUCUCUGAGCCUCCAAGACCUGGCCCCCAGGCCUCCGGCACAUGCUGGGCUGUGUCCCGGGACCCAGCUCCCAAGCAUGGACAGGGCUGUGAGGUGGGGCUUCUGGGGUCCCUGGCCAGCCCUGCAGGAUGAUCAGGAUGAUUCUUCUCUGCUCUGGGGGCCUGUGGCUCUCUAGAGCCCAUUAACACGGGAGGUGGCCCACCCCACAUCCAUCGAGGUGACACAGGGGUGCAGGUCCAGAGGACAGGUCCCAGCCCCCAAACCCCUGUCGCUCAGAGUGCCUCCGAGCAGAUUCCUGAGCCCACAUGCAGCCAGGCGUCAGGUGCAGGGUGGCACUCCCUUGAGCACACAGAGACAGGAUGGGGACGCCCAGAUAUGCCCGCAACACUUACAGCUCCUCUCCUCGCCUCUCUGACCCAUGCACAUAAAACCCCCAACCCCCACCGCAGGACACCACUCCCUGAGGAGGACCUCUGAGCGCCCUGCAGCGAGCACACAGGGCCCAGCCUCCAGGCCCUCGCUUGCAGCCACCAGAGGCAGGAGGUCAGGGACCCUGUCACCCUGUGCAUGGGGAGCCAAGUGUCCGGAGUCCUGUCCAUGGGGAAGGAGCUCACCUGACCCACCUCAGUGAAGAGGGACACAAAGGUGGAAAGGAAGGGCACUGGGAAGAAAAUUCCAGAAGGCAACGGGGUUGGGGGAGCAGAGUGGGGAGCAGGCAGGGGGGAUGGGAGCCAGGAGAGAAGGCAAGAGCCAGCUCUUUAGAAGGGGUGGUGUCUGGAGAAGGGACAGGAAUGAGAGAGGCACUGGGGUGGGGACACCCGUGGACCUGGGGACUUGCAGGCUGAGGUGAGGCUUCUCUGCUGUGCCCAGCACUGCUGUCCCCCCAGAUGCACCUUCCUGUGGUCACUUAUUCCCUCGGCUCCACCUCAAGGUCAGCAGCCUCCAUCCACCUUCAUACCAUGUCCACCCCAAGGACCCACAGAGGCUGCGCCUGCCUGGACACUGGGAACAACCCUCAGAAGGUUCAGCCUGCCCUGGCAGUGCCCACAGGGCAGUGCCCACUGUCACUAAGGAGGGAAAGCCAAGCCAGGGGGAGGAGGCCGGGAGAGAUGUCCAGGAACAGACAGCAGGAGGGGCCAGAAGCCUCACUGAGCAGCAGCUUCUAGAAUAGCAGCCUUGGGACUAAGGGGGAGGCUGCAAUGGGGCCACUCGGCAUGGGGGCCUCCUCGUAGGCUCACCUCAGGACAUGAUGGUCAGCUGCAUGUGCUGCCAGACCUGCCCAGUCACGUGUAUCUCCCUUGUCUACUCUCCAGGAGCCCAGCCAACCAGCUGCCCUGCUCCACCCCUCUGCGGCUAGCCCCCACGAGACCCUGGGUCAAGGCUCCCACCAGGCCAGGGGCAGAGCAGGGACAGGGUACCUGGAGCCUCUUUCAUGGUCUUGACCCCUGACCUGUGGGUCCCUCCUCACAAGCCCACACACCCUCCCCUCUGGAUGCUGGGCCAAGGUGCAGGAGGAGAGUCUGCUGCUAUGGGUCCACCCAUCCCUACCUCACCCCAGACUCCAGGAGGCCACAGCCCCCAGAGCACCCCAGGACUUCGCAUCCCCUCUGCAAAUUAAUAAAGACCCCACUCUGGA